GGGGUCGCGGCGCUCGCAUCCGAGACGGAUUCUUACAUCUCCAUCUUUUAAACUACACUGACGGACCGUUGGACUCGUGCCAGGAUGUGACUGCCAUGGCCUGUCUCGGUUUGGAUCCUUCCAGUCUUUAGAUAGAAAACCCAGUCCAGGUUUCUAUAGCAACAGAAAUAACUGACGGUUGCAAAAGUAAAGUUUCCGCAAUGCACUCCUCCCGCGCCGCGCAGCCAAUGAGGCCUCGACGAUUCGACACAAGCAGAAGAACCAACACCAGCGUGGAACCGAAGCCCCAUGGCCCGGGUUUCCGGAGGGAAGAUAAAAACAUGAACACCCUCUCCACUUCCUCGCCACGUCGACCUACCAAGGUGCCCCCAGAGUCUUCCAGGGUGAAGGUGGGGGCCCAGGCACGUGUGCCUGCGGUUCAGUCUAGACUGGGCCUACUGAAGCACACCUCGGGCCCUGCCACCAAGCCCAAACCCAAGAGCGUCCGUGCGGCAGCGGUGUCUAACGUAGCUCCUCCCCCUCCUCCUCCUCUUCCUGUCCUGGAUCCUAACUGUAACGAGCCCAGCCUGCCUUGUCUGUGCUGUGAUGGCCGCUCCCCACAGGACAACAACAGCAUGUUCAACCACAACCACAACAACAACAACACAAUCUCUAUCAGACAUCAACUCAAGCUCCAGCCUCCUCCUCCACCCCCACCCCUGAGGCAGGAGGGUUCAGGGGUCAAGGCCCAAGCCCAGCCCCAGGCCAGCCCCGCCCAGCCCCAGCCACCAGAUGCCUCCUCCCCCCCUGCUGCUCUGGAACUGGAGGUACAGAAAGUAAAGGAGAGCUCGAACGUGGACAACAAGACUGAGGAAGAGGAGGAGGAGGAGGAAGGCAGCGUGGACGUUGAUAUCGAGGUUGAUGUGGACGAAGACGACGAUGAAGAGGAGGGAGUUGAUGAUGACGAUGAAGAUGAUGAUGACACGCUUGUCCCCUCGUGCUGUGACUGUCCUCCCUCCCUGUUGGACUUCUCUCUCUCCUCCUCCACCUCUUCCUCCUCCACCUCCAUCAGCUCCUGCUCCGAUCUGGAGCUGGACUGCUCAGAUCUCUCCAUGUCUCUCUCCUGUUCCCAGACGCACUCUGAUCUCUCUAUCGCCCUCUCACCCCAGGAUCAUGCGUUGGCUCGGGAUCCUGAAUGCUACCCUUCUUCUAGUUCGCCCUCCACCCUGCCUCUUCAGGUCUCAGACCCCACCUCUCUCUGCUCUGCGUCGCGUUCCCCCCCUCCCCUCUGCUCCCCCGACGAGGGGUACCCCUCCGCCCCUGCCUCCCCUUCGUCCGACUACCUGGGAAUCAAAGGCCAGGCAGGGCAUCUGGGUUCAGGGGUCACUAAACUGGGCUUAAUGGACUUCCUGGAAUCGAUGGGAGAGUUCGGAAAGAUGGAACGCUUCAGUCAGGUGAUCCAGGUGGCCCGCUGGGACCUGGAUGGGGAUCCCUCGGGAGACCUGCUGAGGGAUCGACUGGAUCACCUGGAUCGUCUAGAGAAGGUCAACAGACAGGUUAAGCUGGCCCACAUUACCAGGCUCCACGAGAAGGGUCUGGAUCUGGCCGACCUGGAGGAGCCGGAUUUCUCCGAUGUUUUAGACGAGAUGGGGAACGUUGACAUUCCCUGGAAGCUGUACAAAAGACGAUCGUUGGGAGAUUCCCAGGAGUUCUCCGAUGCUGGGGUGGACCUCACAGCCCCUUCAGACACUGAAGAGACCCUGGCUUCAGACACUGAGGAGACCCUGGCUUCAGACUCUCAGACUCCGUCUCCCGCGGAGCCUCCCCCUAGACCUCCCAAACCACCGGCCCGCCACGCCAGCGUGAGCUCCGGCCUCCACACCUACAUUAACAUCAGCCGAGAGCCCUCCUCCAUCUGCUCCUCACCCAGCCCCAUCCUCUCCACCUUCUCCCCGACCUCCCCCUCCCCCUCUUUCUCCACCUUCAGGUGUGAGAAGCCCCUGCCCCCGUCUCCCCCAUCCAUUCCUCCUCUCCCGGUCUCUCAGCCCAUCCCUUACUUCUCCCUCUAUAUGUAG